UUCACUUCAACACACAAGCAAUAUUAUAUUCUUUAUUACUAGCAAUAUAUAACUUGUACAAUAGUUGCUUUAUUCACAAACUAGCUAGCCUCUAUAUAUAUAUACCAGACCAUCAAAGGUCACCAAGAAUCUUAGUGAAAAACACCAUUUUUUCCGGCGAAAAAUGGUCACCGUCGAGGAGGUUCGAAGGGCACAACGCGCUAAGGGGCCGGCCACCAUCAUGGCCAUCGGCACGGCCACUCCUUCGAACUGUGUUGAUCAAAGCACUUAUCCUGAUUAUUAUUUUCGAGUCACUAAUAGCGAGCAUAUGACUGAGCUUAAGGAGAAAUUUAAGCGCAUGUGUGACAAAUCAAUGAUUAAGAAAAGGUACAUGCACUUAACAGAGGAAAUUCUAAAAGAGAAUCCCAAUAUUUGUGAAUACAUGGCUCCUUCUCUUGAUGCUAGGCAAGAUAUAGUGGUGGUUGAAAUACCAAAAUUGGGCAAAGAAGCAGCCCAAAAGGCCAUCAAAGAAUGGGGCCAGCCCAAAUCCAAGAUUACUCAUUUAGUCUUUUGCACCACUAGUGGAGUGGACAUGCCCGGGGCCGACUACCAGCUGACUAAGCUUCUCGGGCUUCGGCCCUCGGUUAAGCGACUCAUGAUGUACCAACAAGGUUGCUUUGCUGGCGGCACUGUUCUACGACUGGCUAAGGACUUGGCCGAAAACAACAAGGGUGCUCGAGUCCUUAUUGUUUGCUCAGAGAUCACUGCAGUCACAUUUCGUGGCCCAACUGACACUCAUUUGGACAGUAUGGUCGGACAAGCCCUUUUUGGUGAUGGAGCAGCCGCGAUUAUUAUAGGUUCUGAUCCAGUUCCAGGGGUCGAGAGGCCUUUAUUCGAGCUUGUCUCUGCAGCCCAAACUUUAUUGCCGGAUAGCGAUGGAGCUAUCGACGGUCACCUCCGUGAAGUUGGGCUAACAUUUCACUUACUCAAAGAUGUUCCUGGAUUGAUCUCCAAGAACAUUGAGAAAAGCCUAAUGGAAGCAUUCCAACCAUUGGGCCUUUCGGAUUGGAACUCGAUUUUUUGGAUUGCUCACCCAGGUGGGCCUGCUAUUUUGGACCAAGUUGAACUAAAAUUGGGCCUAAAGCCCGAAAAACUUCGGGCUACAAGACAAGUGUUGAGUGACUAUGGAAAUAUGUCUAGUGCUUGUGUUUUGUUUAUUUUGGAUGAAAUGAGAAAGGCCUCAGCAAAAGAAGGACUUGGUACAACUGGUGAAGGCCUUGAUUGGGGUGUACUUUUUGGAUUUGGGCCUGGGCUAACAGUUGAGACUGUUGUGCUCCAUAGUGUCUCUACUUAAGGGUCGUUUUGUUACUAAUUUCGAUAUAAAAUUUGGGAUUACAUUUACCCCGUGUUUGGUUAGCUAAAAUCUUAGUAUUAUCUAUCCCAUAUAAGAUGCGGGACUAUAGUCCAUGUGUGGGUAUUGGCUUAUAUUGUGGGGGUGAUAAAAAUAUUGAAUUGAUUUUCUAUGUAACCUUAAAUUUCUUUAAUUUCCUCAACUAUGUAUUUGGUAUGUUUUAAAUUGCCCUUACGCAAAUAAUGUUAUUUGUAAUGCAGAUAUUCAUAAAGAAGUCCCUUUCUCCCUCU